AAGAUGGACCGAUACAAUGAUCAUCAAUCUUGCUUCUGACACUAACAAGCAACUGUUCGCAGCAGCAAGCGAAACUGGGCAUGAAACUCAAUUUUAGGGCUUAUAUCUAUUUAUCUUCUAGGACCUUGAAUCCAAGGUCCCAGUAUCAUGACAGUAUCCGAUAUGUAGGCGCUCACUGUAGCAGAUCUCUGCUCUGCCCACAGAUUCCAUCAUUAUUGGUAAGCGCACAGACUCCCACAGAAGUCUUCCGAAAAUAUCACUUCGAAGAUGAAACGGCACUGGGCUCCGACGGCGUCAAAAGGCGUUCGGUCGUGAUGGACAUGCCUCUUUGCGACAGGCCUAGAAAACCUCGUCCACUGAGAUCUACCAUUGAUGUUUUUUACAUGUCACUCGGAUUUCGCAAUAAAAUUCUGACUGUGGAUCCUAUUUAGAUCCUAAGCGAAGCUAUUCUUUGUGCGCUCUAGUAAUUCAAAAGGUGGGGCCUCGAUUGAAUAGUCGACCAUGCUGGAACCAAGACAUCAGCCUUGAAUCCUCGAUGUAGGUUACAGUUACGACAUCCUUCCUCUAUCGCACCCAUGUGAUGAUUCGACGUUAUUUAUAAAGACAAGCAUAU